AACGAAUGCUACAUCCCAAAACUGAAAAAAGGUGAGGGAAUCGAAAUCAUCACCUUCAUCCUCAUUUUCACCAUCCCCAUUCCCGAUUCGUUUCUUCCCUCUCAAAACCUUCCCAAACCUAACAAUUCCAUCUCCAAAUCUCACAUUCUUCCAUCCUAUCCACAGAUCAGAUUCAUCUUGCAUGCACUUCCUCUCCUCAGAUUCAGACUAUCCUCUUCGAGAUCCGAUCCAAUUUCAGAAUAAGAAUCCUUUUCAGCUGAUUCAUGUUCUAACCUUAACCGUGUACCGUGAUUUUCCCUCUGCCGAAUCGGAAGAUGGGAUUGGUGUUCACCAGAUUGUUUUCGUCUGUUUUUGGUAAUAAGGAAGCCAGAAUUCUUGUUCUCGGUCUUGAUAAUGCCGGGAAAACUACUAUUCUCUAUCGGCUUCAGAUGGGUGAAGUUGUCUCUACCAUUCCAACGAUCGGGUUUAAUGUUGAAACUGUGCAGUAUAACAACAUUAAAUUUCAAGUCUGGGAUUUAGGUGGGCAAACAAGUAUCAGGCCAUAUUGGAGGUGUUACUUUCCAAAUACUCAAGCAAUAAUCUAUGUUGUGGAUUCAAGUGACACCGAUAGGCUUGUGAUUGCUAGGGAGGAGUUCCAUGCUAUUCUGGAGGAAGAAGAACUAAAAGGUGCAGUUGUUCUCAUUUUUGCAAACAAACAGGACCUUCCUGGUGCUCUUGAUGAUGCUGCUGUGACGGAGUCUCUCGAGUUGCACAAGAUUAAAAAUCGCCAAUGGUCUAUUUUUAAAACUUCUGCCAUCAAAGGCGAAGGACUUUUUGAGGGCCUUGACUGGUUGAGCAAUACACUCAAAUCUGGAGGUAGCUGAAGAUGCAGGCUACAAUGGGGGUAGAUAUUUAAGAUUGGUUGAUGAGUUGAGAAGGAAGGUCGGCAUGCAUAUAUUGGUAUCACUUUCACUAUGACGAUAUAAUGAUUAUUGUUAUUCGGGCUCGCUAUUUUAUUCGGUUUUUUGUGUUCCAAGAUUAAAUAUAUGAAUGUGGGUCAACGAUUGUUAUUAUCUUUUUGUCGCUCCCGUUUUUAUUUUGCAAGUUCAUUUCUUGACCCCUAUGCAUAGAGUAGUUUUUUGAAAGAAAAAUUCAUGUUAAAUUUGUUGUGUAAUUGAGCUACAUUGGGUUAUGUGAGAUAUUUGCUCAUAGUAACCAUAGUUUAGUAUAUGACAACGCUGGUUGAUGAA